AUGUUGGUCAGUAACCCCCACUUGCUAACAUUGGAUGAAGCAGAUGCCACUUGGGCCCUCAUCAAGGAUAAGGUCAUCGAGGAUCGUUUUGGGUCCAAUGUAGUGGCAGUACCUUUCUUAUCGGAUGCAGCCUGCUAUGAUCUACUGGGAGUGCUAGUGAAACAGUCCCGUCCAGCCCACACCCGCCUAACUUUGCCAGGCCGACAGGGCAGAAGGGCACUGAAAUCAGUAGGGCUGCUACCAAAUCUUCUAGAACAGGCAGGGUCUGAGGGUGUCUUUGCCCACUGCACUCGGGAAUACUCGCCAAAUGGCCGAGCCGAGAUAGCCUAUGAAGAAAUGAGAAUGUUGGAUGGGCAGCCCUGCCGCAUCCGCCUACAUAUGGGAGGGUUGCGCAAGAAGGUUGCCUUCCUGAUGCUACCACCAGGGCAGGUGAGCCUACAGCAGAAUCUUCCCUGGCUCCGAAGCACCCACAGCAUCUACGUGAUCUACCAGGUCUUCUCCUGCACCUGGCUGCAACUAGGGCUAUUACCUACAGCCCGUGAGCCACAGCUACUCCGGUUACAGCGGUCUCUACCUAUUGCUUUCUCCUGCCUCAAGUUUUCACUGCAGCCCAAGGGUGUGCUGGGACCACAGAAGUCUCUAACCAAAGACCCACUGCCUCAAGGAGCUAACUGGGUUAGACCUAGCCUUAGCAUCUUAUCAACUCUGGCCCCCACAUCAGUACCUGCUGAUACCCUUGAAGUUGCUGAUAUAGCUCAACCUGCCCCAGCCCCACCUACACCUCCUCCCCAAGAAGGGCCAGAAGGCAGACCCACCAGAUUCUCCUGUAAGGGUCGAAACCCCUUCCGGAGGGGCCCCUAUAUGCUUUCAGCAGAGAACUGGCUCUUCAGUCCCCGCAACCCUCCACCAGGAGCCCAGGGUGGGGGCCCCGGGGACCCAGACCGGCACUCCAUGUCCCUGCCCCUGCUGCAGGGUCUGUCCUCGGAGUUCGACAGCGACGAAUGA